CACCCAGUUUCGUUCGCUUCGUCCUCCGUUGCCCGUCGCGUGCUCGAAAGAUUUCGCCGCACCCCAACAAGAAUCCCACCCUUCUUCCCCUCCGCCACCGCCCGCAGCCGGUCUUCGUGGGGGAUCUCCGCCUGCUUGAUUCCAUCUCUGACACUGAAGAUCCCCCCAACUACCUCGGCCUUUAUUCUAUUUCCAGCUUCACCGGCGACCUCCGAGCUCUCUUAACGCUCGAUCGAAGGGGUCUCCGGUUGUUUGGAAUCUAUGGAGAUUUGGCUUCGUCCAAAAUGAGUAUAAUUCGGUAGGAAUUUUUGGCAGUCUUCUUGCCGCGGGCCUUUAUUUUGUUCCCAGCUCCCCCGACGAUCUCCAAGCUUUCGAUAGCUCGAUCUAAGGGAUCCCCAGUUGUUCGGAAUCCAUAGAAUUUAUUACUUGUUAUAAAAGGAGUAGAAUUCCGAGGAAAGUCUUUGGCCGUCUUUUUUGAAUUGAUCCAUGGAUCAGCGUUUACGGGCUUCCAUGGAGCAAAGUGUUCAACCUGUUUCAUCGGCGUCGUCCGAUUUCCCUCCAAGAAAGCUUGUUCGCCAUCUGGAUUUCACGGCCGUGGCGUAUGGUGGUGUAUCCCCUUCCAACGCAUUAUCAAUAGCCCUUGAUUCGCCGCAGCAGCUGCAGCCGCCGCCGCGGGCCACUCCAGCUUCUCUGUCGCUGUCGCGCCCCUCAAUUCCCUCAAUUACCGCUGGCAAGCCAGAGUCUCCCAAGUCACGGCCACGAUUGUUGUCUGAUGCAAAAGAUGGUACGCCAGCAAGAAAGAAGAAUUGCAACUGCAAACACUCAAAAUGCUUGAAGCUAUAUUGUGAGUGUUUUGCAUCUGGAGUUUAUUGCGAUGGCUGCAACUGUACAAACUGCUGUAACAAUGUUGAGAAUGAAGCUGCUAGGCAUGAGGCUGUUGAAGCUACUCUAGAGCGCAAUCCUAAUGCCUUUAGGCCUAAGAUUGGCAGUAGCCCACAUGCAUCACGGGUUACUAGGGACGAGGCAGGGGAACUUCCUUUGGUGGGAAAGCACAACAAAGGAUGCCACUGUAAGAAGUCUGGGUGCCUCAAGAAAUACUGUGAGUGCUUCCAAGCCAACAUUCUCUGCUCUGAUAAUUGUAAAUGUAUGGACUGUAAGAACUUUGAAGGGAGCGAAGAGAGGAAAGCUCUCUUCCGUGGUGAUCAUGGAAGCACUCUUUACAUGCAGCAGACAGCCAGUGCCACUGUAAAUGGGGCUAUUGGUCCAUCUGGAUUUAUGUCUCCUUCACCAUCUAAGAAGAGGAAAAACCAGGAGCUCCUCUUUGGUGCAUUAGUAAAGGAACCCAUUAAAAGGCUUGCGCAACUUCCACAGGCAAAGACUUCAGCACCUUCCUCCUUUUCUGCUUCUGUUCCUGCGGCCAGUGCUAUCAAUACUGCUCCAGUGGUAUCUACUAAAGUCACUUACAGAUCUCUUCUAGCAGACAUAGUCCAACCAGAGCACAUUAGGGACCUGUGCAAGCUUUUGGCGGUGGUGUCUGGGAAGGUUGCCAAAACAUUUGCUGAUAGAAAAGCUCAGAAGUUAACAGAGAAGGAAGGCCAAUCUGAAAGGUCUCCCAUACAAUCAAAUGAUGACAUAGAUCAGACAUGGCAUGAUCUGGAUAUGAAGAAAGCACCAGCGGAUGAGUUUUCAAGUGAAAUUCCUGUGGAGAAAGCUAACACGGAAGAGUCUGGAUCUGAUUGUAGGGAUGGACAGAAGGGUGGAAGGCCAACGUCUCCUGGAACACUGGCUUUGUUGUGUGAUGAGCAAGACACAAUUUUUAUGCCGUCUCAGGCUACCGAUACAGUUUCAAAAUCUUUCAGCAACCAGAGCAUAACAGAGGUCUAUGUGGAGCAAGAGAGGUGUGUAUUAAUGGAGUUCAGAGACUAUCUCCUCAAGCUAGUCACCUAUGGACAAAUGAAAGAAGAGAAAUACUCGUCCAGGUCUGCAGAGCAUGAGAAACCAUGUCAUUUGGAAUCAGCCAUUAAUGGUGUUGCUACAACAGUAGUGCCAGUUGCUAUGGAGACUCCUCAGAUCGCUGCUUACUCUAGCAAGUAUUAUCGUGUUGGACAGCAAAACAUAGGGAAUGGUGACAUCAAGCCUAAUACUGAGAAAUCAGAGGUAUGAACAAGCAACCAACACUAGUUUGUUCUGUAAUAUUUCCAAGGCAUGGAUUUGCUCAGUCUUAUUAUUACAAGUCGACUGAGCCCAUUUCCAAAGUUUGUACUCGUUUUAGUGGAAGUUAUAGAUAGCUUAUUCAUAUUUCUACAGAGCAUCAGAUGUAGGGUGGCUGCCGCCACUGGAUGUCUUCUCCUUUUGUAAUCAUUGGAUCUCACAGACUUAAUAAUUCAUAUGAUAGGGGAUUGAUAUCAUAGAAA